UGUCAUCCGGUGACAUGUUAUCGUGCACGUGCGGUUUGUCGUUAUUGGCGUAAAACAAUCGACGAGGUUGAUGAGGAGGCACAUCAAGCGAUGGUCGGAGGUGGUCAUGCCAGACUGUUCAUUUGUGAUCGUAGACGUGCAAUUCUGGAGAAGUUCACAUCACCGCCAUCGUGUUCGACGUCAGUUCUCGAGUUGGUAUCGACACGCAAAUCGAUCUUUUACGAAGAUCGUUAUGCACACACGACACUCUCGAAUUGGGCAUAUCGCUUCGAUUUAUCUGAUUGGAUGCAGAAUUUCGAUGUUGUUGAGGUUUGGCUGCAAAAUUUCGGAUCGUUUCUGGAACGUGAUCAGUCAUCAGCAUUGUUUUUACCAGCCAAUAUGAACUCAUCAUUCGAUUACAAUCACAGUAAUAAUGUAAAUAACGUGUAUUCAUCAUCAAAAUCACCAGAUGCAAUUGGAUCAUCUGCGGUUAGCAUUCACUCAUUAAUUUUAUUGUCGGUGCAUACAUAUUACGGGCUAACGACAAGAGGGCAUGUAAACGGAGCACCACCAACAUCUGCAACCUCGAACAAUCACGAUGCUCCGAAAGAUACAGUCGUGUCGAAAGCAAAACCGUAUUCGACAUCGUCAAUAUCCACAUCGGAACGAGAUCAUGCACACAACAACAGCAAUAAUAACACAUCGAUCAUUGGCACUUCAUCGACAUCGCUGAAUCUCUCCACUCUGAUUCCGUAUCACCUAUUGCCAUCAACUCAACAAUCCACUACAACACUGAAUCAUUGCGAUGCACCACUCAUUCUGAAUGAGGAGAUGUGUUUCGAGCUGAGCGGAAUGUCAGGAGGACGAUUCGAGAGACUUGCAGCACAAUUGCGCCAUAUUCAACCGUUGCAUCUCGUCUUUAAUGAUCACUCGUUUUAUCAGAGAAGACCGACGUUACUUUUGUUUUGGUUCAUCAAAUUAUUGCCAAAUCUACGUAAGCUGACACUGGAUUGCAUUCAAGGAGAUGAGCAAAUCGAGUUGCAUCGCGUAUUGAACGUUGACAACCUGGACGAAUUGACCAUUAUUCAGCCGCAACAAAAAGCGUGUUUGUUGAUCAAUGAAAACAUUCUGGAUGCAUUUCUGGAUUCUCGUAUCACUAAUAAUAAUCAUUCAACACGUAAAUCGAAAUUUCGUCUUCGCUUUUCGGGUAGAACACAACUUACUGCCUAUUCCGUGUGCAAUUUCAUUAAGAAAUGGCAAAAUCGUCGUGAAGUGGUACCGUUUCAUUCCAUACUGAUUGACGCUCUCUCGAUUCGUCCGAGUGAUUUUGUACGUGCUGCGAUGUGUGUUGGUGAUGUAAAUAAUUAUAAUAAUGAGGUGUAUGGCAAUGAGGUUCCAGUUCUGAAUAUGAAACAUUUGGUAUUCAGACAUCGGAAAUUCGACGUCAGAAUCAAAUAUAAAUACGAAGAUGGGUAUUUAAUGUUUACUUACUUUGAUCCGAAAGAGAAGGCAAGACGUCGUUUGCCACCAACAUCUCCGCCCGUUCACCGUGUCGUUUCGUUUUAUUCACCAAUAUCAAUUUAUAAUAAUAAUAAUAAUACAUCUGACGACAACAAUAAUAAUUAUGCAAAUAGUAACAAAAUGAAUGAUUGGAAUUAUUACGACUAUGAAAAUGAUAAUAAUAAGGAGUAUGAUAAACCGAUAAUCAAACGUAUAAAUGAUUCAAUUAAGAAAUCAUUUAAUAUUGAUAAUAAUAAUAAAAAUGGUAAUAAUAAAGUAAUAAAUGAUGAAAAUGGUAUAAUGGCAAGACUGAUGGCAUUACUCCUGAGAACGGCAGCUGCGUGA